AGUUGAUGCAACGGUGCUACAAGGCCACCCCCUUUAAGCAUAGUUUGUAUCGGUAGCAAUUGCUUACGUGAAGCCCUCCCACCUGGGCAGAUCGUGCUGCGCACUUGUUUACCACCACAUCAAUUUCUUUCCAAGAUUCUCGACGACUUUCCAAUCUAAACCCACAAUUUUCUUACUUACCAAAAAAAAAAAUUGCUCUCAGUCUCACCUCACUUUGUUUGCCAAACACCCCAGCAGCAGCGGACAUCUCGUGUUCGGAUUUCCCCUGAUCCAGGACCGAGUUUCGACCGCAUCUCCAGGGUUGCGUCGUCCCGGAAAAGUUUCCCCGUCGACAAGAGCGUACGGAAAUCAAUUUAAACGGGGCUAAACGCAAGCGUUGGUGCCCUUCAAGAAGGUUUCCUUUGCACCCGUGGACGCGGCGGCACUUUUCCCGAGUGCUGUGUUUCGAAGAGGCGAGGAACCCGAGCGCGGAGGUAUCUUUUGUCAAGUUUUUUUUUUGGGUGAGUUAUGGUUAUCGUUCACCGCUACCUACCAUAGAAAAAGAAAUGCGACGGUGCUCUACUUUCCUUCUCUUUUAUGACCCGCAUGUGAGUUGGCUAAAUCAACACAAAAAGGCUUCGUUUUCAAUCUCAUUGAAAACCGAUUUCUGGUGCGGAACGACUUCCAGUAAAACCGAGCACUCCCCCGCCCUCGACCGACAUUUCUGGGUAUCAAGCUCGGCUGCGCCGCGCAAGCUCGUUCCGGAGCGAUAUUCUUGUCACGACGGCCGUGUUGAGAUCCAAGGACAGGUGAAGAGAGUGAACUAAGUUUGAAGGAAGCAAGCACGGGCAGCUUUAUCAACCAGUAAAAUAAAGAGAAGGGCCUUUUUCAAAUUUAAUUGCGCCGCCGGUUUUUCUGGAUUUCUUGCGAAAGGCAGGUAUAUUGGACUAUCUCCUGAAAACCUUUAUAUUCUUGCAAAGAACAAGCUUUAGUUAUAUGAUCUAAAAGCCUUUUCAUCACGAUCACCCUACCGUCGACUUCUACAACAUCCUCUGCAUUCGACUAGCUGCCUCUCCUGGAUUAAUUCAUCCUUGAACGCACCAAAUAAGAACAAACGCACAUCUUUUGCGUGUCUGCAAAAGUAGAUGUCCAGCAUGAGGACCCUUUUUAGAAAAAAUUAAGUAACUUAAUAUGUACGUGUACUUACGUGUACCGACAACGACGAGUCAUCUGUUUGUUAGGAGCAGCUGUAGGUAUGGGUGUUUAAAAAAAGAAAAUACAAGUGCACGUUACGCACGACUUCGACUCCAACCUAUCUCGACAGGUUGUGGCAGAGCCGAGGCAUCAAAAGUUUCUCCUCCUCAGGUGGGUCAUCACUACCGGAACCAACCGUCACGUGUCUGGACCUGAAGAUGUCGAGUCUGGAGGCGCUUCUUGCACCCAAGAUGCGACGGAAAGUCAUGCACAUGAUCUACUGGUCGGUGUUGUCGCCGGAGGUCCUGUGGGAAUGCGGGCCACCCGUGGCCAGUGCCUACCACGGAGUGAAGCAAGAUUUUGUUACGAAAGCGCAAAAACGUUGCUCUUACCUCUUCGUCUUUCUUUUCCCCAAAAAAGUCUUAUGUAUGUUAUCCUUGGGCAAUGUAAGCACUCACGAUUAGGACGCUCCAAGCUACGUCGUUUGGAAUCUUUGUGCUUGUAUAAUUCUUGAUAACAAGCGAUUUUUGAAGCGUUAUUUCAACUUCAAGAUCUGGAGCGUACUUCUGUCUGGACUUUUCGUAAACGUCGGGUGCGGUAUGCGCAGAUGCUCAAAUCAUAUGUAAGAAAGUAUUCAACUUGUACACUUAAAACGGCAGACCAUAUUUUCGCGGCGUUUUGCAAGAAAAACAUAACUUUGCGUGUAAAAACAAAGAGGAACACAAUUUAGAGCCUGCCUCUUUUGCACUUUCAUACCCUCAGACUUCGACUACGAUGAAGAUUUUGAGGACGGGGGAAUUGUUAUGCAGCGGAAAACAAAAAGAAAAAAGCUCAAGUUUUCUAUAGGCUCCCUUUCGACACUCUUUUCCUGGGCACUUCUAGUACAUAAACAAUAUCCACGCCGGACCCGCGGCAAUUGUGACAUCCACAUCUAGUUACCACGUUUGCAUAGUAGAUGCGCUAAUAGCUGUGUACUACUCUCUCGCGUUUCAUCUCUCUCCAGCGUUUGACGGUCCUCGUUUUGCAUGUAAGUAGUAUCAUCAGCGGAACUACAACGCAUGUUCUAGUUGCUAGCACUCCGCAAUUGCCUGAGUAGUGCUAGACGAAACUGUGGCUCUCGCUCUCCUGCGGGAUUUUACAAACACAAAGCGAUACACUAAGAAAAUAUAUAAACACCCUGACUCCUGUUCCGCAAAUUUUAAUUUAUUUUUAUGAAACAAACGACAGAACAGCAACAGUGAUAAGGAGUGCAGAUCCGCAAGAAACUAAUACUGCCAUAUUGAGGGCAUAGAAAGGGACAUUAUAGAUGACCUCUGUCUUGAUUCUUUCUCUUGCAUAUGCAGUGGACCGAACGAUUUACCCUCCCAAGUCGUCUUCAUGCAACAUCGGCAAAAGGUUAAGCGAAAGAAGAAACAAGCACGGAAAGUAAAAAAGCAGCAGACGAAAAACCGCAAGUCAAGGAAGCAGAGGACGAGCACGAAAGCAAGACGGAAAAAAAAUAAGGAUAAGGAAGAAGCAGGCGUGGAUCCAAAGCCUGCGGCGCGUGACGCCAGCGCGGAAACGAAGGACACACAAGGUGAAAAGCUGAGCGCGCAAAGCCAGGACGACAUACCAAGCAGCAACUCGGACGACGUGUUGCAGCGUUUGCGCAGUAUGCAAAUACAAAACGUUGUCACACCAUACGUCGAAGUCGAUUGCACCGCGCGAUGUAUGCAUGAUUGAUCCGUAGGUUUAGGUUGCUGGUUGAGCAGCCCAAAAAUCAAAAUCGAGUCCAACCUUGGCAUUGCUGGUAGACAUGUGGUAUUACAGAGAGCAGCAGCGUCAGCUUGAAGAAGUACUUCUCAGUACAGAUGUACGUCCGAAAUUCCCGCUGUGAUGUCGAAGAUCGUGACUUAGUGCUCGUUUGCGGCUAAUAUGUUGAUGCUUGGAUUACAACUUGAAGUUGCCUGCAUUGAGUCGAAGGCACCAUCAUCUUGACAACAACAGCCUUGCUCGUUUCUCUACCUAAAUCCAAAUCAUCUUGAUGUAUGUCCAUGAUCAAAUAAACACAAAAGACCUGCAUCAAUUAGCAACAGCGAGCGUUCAUCCCGAGCACAACUUUGUCCUUUACUCUGCGAAUAAAGUCUGAAUCGACAUCAUCACGAAGCGUGUUGCGUUUGCCGUUUUGCGUUCCAGCAAUGCGUCAUGUCUUUGGGACUAUCUGAGUAUCGUGUGAAAGCGCUUUUCAUGAUGAAGAAGAGCCGACAGGUGGGUGCAAGCGACCCCAGCAAAGCGCUCGUACCAUGGAGACCUUCUUCAACACCAUCUUCCCUGCUGGAGCCUGUGCGUGCCGUGUCCGCCUCAGCGCCCCGCGGACAAAACACAGGGCCAAGCAUCUCACUCUUGCAGCUCACGGACUAUUGGAUCCGUUUUGUCCGGAGUAACCUGGCCUUGCCCUUCGCGUCAUCCCUGACAUUGGCUGUGAAAGAGUCUUUCCAUCUCUAUCAACAGCAGCUAGACGAUGGCACAGGUUCUGUGCUGGAGGAAAGUCAACGCGUGACCCAGGAGACCGACCACGAUUUCUUCUACGCCAAUAUAAUUCCCAAGAUACGGAAGCUCUCCGAGAAGGAGGCUGCAAAAUUUCUGAAUAGUCUGUCCGAGAAAUUGAAGUCUAAGCCAUUCGAACGCUAUGCCGCUAUCGAACUCGCUAUUCAAGUCGCGUUGUCCUCCCAUUUCCGAACAAAGAUCGAGCAGAAGACUUCUGAAAUGUUUGACAAAGUAAGUCAAAUUUUAUCGGAAAGGACACUGGUAGCGAAAUCUCUCGCCAACAGUGUGAUGUCGGCUGGUCGUGAGGCACUAACAAAAGCAGUAUCUGCGCAGGCCAAAGCCCCGAGUGCAGGAUGGAGCGCAGACAAAGACCCACGAAAACAAUUCGAAGCCGCAACAAUUUUUGCAGAGGAGCUAACACUAGAAGACAACAUCGUAAAUGCGAUCACGAAAGCGACGACCGGCGAAAAUGACAUCUUCGUCAAGAAUCUGCAUUGGACAGUGCUCGUCAACCGUGCGAUCCCCUCGUUAGGUGCUCGUUUUGGUGCUAGUGCUAUUGAUUCCUUCAACGCCAACAAGAAGCAGGCUUCCAAAGACACUGCUUCUGGAAAACACCCGGAGGAUGCUAAUGAAAGAAGUGCUGUUAUUCAGGGAUUGCCUCUGCCUGCCGAACCUGGAGAGACGCUGCAAUGGGACUCGGAGGCGUCACGUCCGCUGAGCCUAUCACAACCUAUGGAACGGAAAUGAGUGAUAUCUCAUUUUUCACUGUCUUUGGAUAUCGAGAUGCUUCGUGUUUUUGCCAUUGUGCAUGCCGAGACAGUCAAACACUAUAGCCCGGUGCGUAGAUCAAACCAAAUUCAGAUCGAUCUACGUCAGUGUUUGUGAAUAGCAAUAAAGACAACCGGCGUGGUCAUCUGAAGAAAAGAAGCUGAAGCAUAAUGCUUGCUACUAAUUUUGCAACUUGCUGCAAGGUAAAAUCUGCGAUAUGCUUGAGGAGGAUGUGAAACCGGCGGUGUUACCUCGACGUGCCGCAAUUCAGUUUAUUAAAUCGUUCGACGCAAGAUGAUCAUGAUGAAGAUCACUCUUUUUUUACCGUUCUACAAAUCUCUUCAACGACUUUGAAGCAUACCCCGACCGAUAUGGCCUGGUUGAAGGAAUGACGGAGGAGGGCUACCAAAAAUUAUGUCUUCAGUUGCUUGAGCGGCACGACCCGAUGCGGACAAAAAGACUCAAGAAGGACAAAAAUAAGACUCAAGAACUUUGUUUGGAUUAUUUUCAAAGAGCAAAAAAUAUUUCGGUGAAGAGAGCCUUGCAGAGACUGAAGCACCGGGAUGCAUCGCGUCGAGAAGAUAAAGAUGCACGGCCGGACGACUAUCAUAAUCAACUACAACCCACAGAGGGCAUCAUCUCGGAGUACGUUCUCUGGAAAGACUUCGAUAGAAUUUACGAAGAAAAGAACGGACGCUUUAUGCCGGGAAGAACAACGCCGUAUUCGGGGGAGUCUUCCAAAACCGUGCAGAAUGUCUUUGUGAUGCAACUGAUCAUCUUUCACGAGGACGGGUCGAAGCCGAGGAAGGCAGACGGCGAUGAUGAACUACACGACAGUGUGGAUUAUUGCGCAUUGGUUUCACCCGACGAAAUUUUGCCUCUUGUUUGGCCGGGCCAGGAAUCCAGAGGAGUAGGGCAGCGGUCCAUGAAGAUGACUCCGCAGUGGAUAAAGAGUUCGUGGAGCUAUAGCCGCCAUGCUUUGCACUUUGUGAGGCUGGUGUUCUCGUCUCUUGUUAACGGAGGAGAAAACGAAGCCGAAGCUAAUCCUGUCUUCGAUUACCUCGCGAACGAGAACAAGGAACAAUGUGAAUUCAUUGGUGGAGAAAAUUCAGCAUUUCGUGAGCAUCCGGAAGUGAAAAAAUGUCUGUUCGAUUCCUUCUGCAGCGAUCCCAGACUGACAAACACAGAAGAAGCAGAGACGCAAAGCGAAUCAAGCUCACAGCUGUCAACCGCUGCUUCAUCUACUUCUGGGAAAGAGCGUGUCGCACCUUCUUGCUUUCGGCCGGCGAACUUUUUUGCGAUAUCCGAUCAUAUGGCAAAAAGCGUUCCUGAACUAAGCGGUCCUGGGCUACAAACUGUCAAAAUGAUCUCUGGAGUGCUCUUUUUCGACAUAGUCAGCGGAGUGGCACGACGUGCGGCAACGGCGUUCCCGCAACACCGCCAAGACGAGAAAGACUUCCUAUCUCAAUGAGAAGACGUGCCCUGAGUUGUCCUGUUGAUAUUCACAUUUGGCAGAUUGGUGCUAAAGUCAAUCUAUGUAUACACAGGCUUAUGCUUCAGAAAUGUAAAGGCUGCUUCAUGUGUGAAGAGCUUUGGCACUACGUCGGGAAAAAAUAUGGCCAAGCUGUCGCGCGACUCCUGCAAAUACGGGGCGUUCAGGGUGGCAAACGCAAAAUAUUAUAUUAGUAUCUAUUUUAUAGAUUUUUCAUGUUAAAAAUCAGAUCAAAAACAGCCCAAGGACGCCAGAAAUUAUCCAAGCACUUGUGCAAACGCAGAGAGCUUGCAAAUAAAGAAAUUAGAAAUGCAAAUGCGAACAGAACAAUGGAGGGCAAAGACGAAAAACAUGAAUCUCAUGCGCGAUGCACUUCGAAGCCAUUGCUUGGCCAUGCGACAUGUCAAAGUGCCCUUUGGAGGUUCUGCGAGUGAGGUAACAAAAUCAAACUGCAUGUCCGCGUGUGAGCGAGUAGAUCGCUCUACCGGCGGCCAUAUCUGAAACUGAAUCGCAUCAACGGCAACGACAGGCUCGGGGCUCGGUCGCUUCUUCCUUGCGAGGCUCGCGUGGCAGUCAGAAAAAAAAACCCUGGCGGUGGCGCCACAAAAAAAGAGCCUUGCUCGACCGGAGGAGGAGGGCGUUCGAGUUAGCGGGCGGCAUCUUGUCUUGAUUUGCCACACGACGUGUGGUGGUAUUAUCAUCCGCGUGGCGGUCAGAAGAGACGCAAGCACGCAGUUUGAUCUGGUUGCCUCGUUCUAUUUGUAUAAAGUGGAGUUCUAUUUGUAUAAUUAAAGUGGAUUGUUAUCAGCACCGCGGGCUGGCGCUUGGCGAUGUCCUGAUCGUUAGGAGUGCCUUCGUUUUAAAGACGAAGGCAUGGAAUCAGUCACGUAGUCAUGCAUGCCUCUCCUUUGGCGCCCUCGCUUUUCAUUCUAGUUCUAGAGCUUGGGCGUGAUGGGAUAAAAACAAUCCAGGAACGUCUCGGGGCUUCAACGAGGACAUGGAGGUCGCUAAGAUUGUUGAUGAGUAUCAUGAUGAUAUUGACAAGCAGCAUAAGCAUAGUGUCAAAUUCUCAAUUCGCACAGGAUAAGUUGUGGCACGCUCUUCAUAUCGAAUGCGUCCAUCCCUGACACACGAACCUGAGACGAAGUGGGCAACUAUUUUGCGUAGUUUCGUUCAUUUCGACGAAAAUAGGAUGACCACAGAACUUAAAUACGGAGACUAUUACAUUGCUCCAGUCGGGGGCGGCUUACGAGACGAAACGAGCCGUGUAUUCGCGCUGAAGCGGGCUCUGCCUAUAGCACAUAUCCACUGCAAAUGUGUCACGGAGCAGGUCGGGACAAAAAAUGCGAAAGAUUUGUGUCCGCUCAUUCUUUUUCUUGCAUUGGAUUGCAUGCAGCUAGAGUGCUUGUACGGCAUGAGAGCAGAGCACGUUACUUACCUCUUUUAGUUUCGUUUUCAGACUCAAACUCAUUCACUUUUGGCAUGAGAACGUGAACGUCGUACGCUGCAUCCCAGAAACUGUUGCGGAUUUGUUUCACUCUGGUGGUGAUGCGGGUGUAAGGAAUUUCGUGUGGUCCUCGUCCUGCGUCCUACGGUACACGCAUGGCAAAUGUUACUGGCGGGGACUUUAUCUCUAUUUCUCAGUACAGACGUAAACGUAUGUGCUAACGCUAAGUAUUGGUAGCCCGGGGGGGCGGAUAAAGGUAAAGCAAAAUAAUUAUAUUAUUAGAAAAACUUCUUUCGGAGUACUAUACUUAGGUUAAUGGUUAUGAUUGUGGACGCUACGCUAAGUAUUGGUAGCCCGGGGGGGCGGAUAAAGGUAAAGCAAAAUAAUUAUAUUAUUAGAAAAACUUCUUUCGGAGUACUAUACUUAGGUUAAUGGUUAUGAUUGUGGACGCUUUUGCAUUUUUUCUUGGCCCACGUACAAAUACAAAUACAAUCAGUAUGAUUUACAUUUUCUUUACCUAGUAGACGAAGAUGAAGUACGAUAGAAAAUAGCGAAGUAAGUUUCGUAGGGGCACCUUGGAUGACCUUUUUCCACUCUGGAAUCCGCCCACACAGAUGCUAGUCCGAGAACGAGACUGAGCUCGAAAAAAAAAAUAGAUCGGCACACAAAAGUGGCGGCUGACAAGAAAAAGCCACUUCAGUCGCCGGGAGAUGUUGACGGAUUACGAUAGCAAUGGCGCUUCGGCGUCCGCCUAUUUCAUUUUCCGGUCGCGAAAAGGAAAACCAUCUGCGGCCGUUUGCAAAAGGACACCAUCACAGUUUCAUGCGAUUCUAUUUCGCCCUGAUGAGCGUCCAUCCGGGGGACGCAAACGCAAAGUCGUGUGUUGCGCUCCUGUUUUUUAGGAUUACGAUAGAGGUUGUGCUUGUGCAUUCCGUGGUGCAAGCCAUGGAUCCUUUUUUACCACCCGCACCCCCGGCCUGGAAGCGGUAGUCCUAGCCCUAGCUAGCGCGGUCUGUUUCUUGGCAUGACAAUUUUUUAUUUUUUACUCUGACCUGCAUAAAGACAUAUUUGCAAUGCAUAGCCCGAAAAGGAGCAUUACAGUUGGCGCAGCUACAUGCUUUUCGAGAACUCAUCUUCACACCCGUGCAAGGGCAACGCUGGGAGGGCCUCACCCCAACCAAUCAGGGCCCUGUGGCUGUUAACUUUUUGCGAGAUGCUACCCACUGUCCUUUGUUGGAAGGUGGCGCAGAUGUGCUUCCAGCUGACCGCGUCGAAGCGGAAGGUGGCAGUGACGGCACACCGCUGUGGCUUCGGCUGAAGGACGAUGCGGACCCUAUUGCACACCACCACCAACGAGUCCGCGACUGCCUUGUCGCCACCGUAUGCCAGACCAAGGAGGGCCAGAUGCUGGCCACGAGCACUGUUCUGAAGGGGACAACGAAGUACGAGAAAGGGACAACGAAGUACCAAGAAAGCCAGGAUCGAGAUGACCUCCGCUGCUUCAAGCCAGAGAAUUUUUUCACAACUGGCGACAAAAGCAAGAUGACGACCUCUGGCGGUGGCGACGACCCUGUACUCGAACCAAUGAAUUUCCUACUUGCAGUUGAACUUGUCAUCGGAGCAGACGAUGCUUUUGCAUCGAGAAAAAACAAGGAGGAACAACGGCAGCUUGCCGCGACCAUAUAUUUGAGACACAGGUCACAAGUAAACUGGAAGCGUUGGUUUGACAACAGGAAAAACUACGGAGACGAAGAGUGGUCGAAAUAUGCGGUCCAGGACCUCAACGAUAGAAUACGGUAUGGCGGCGAGGAGUGGGCGCUUCCUGAUCUCGAAGAGGAUCCAAAUGCCGAGCACAAACGGUUGUGCUUCAACCUCGACGAACUUGAGAAAAUGCCUGAAAAGUACGGCGGCCCCGGGAAACCGAAUCGCUAUGAAUACAUAAUGGACGAGGUUCGGAAGGGAUUUCAAGGGAAAGACGUUCGCACGGUAGUGGCAAAAGUGAAGCGGCAAGGAACUUUGAUAGAGGAGCUAACUAAAGAGCAAAAAAAAAAGCAAUUGGAGCACGAGGAAUAUCUGAGAGCGGCUAAGCCUUUGAUCGAUCACCAAAUUUCUGAGAUUGCGAAGGUCGUGAACGCGCACACGGGACCAGGCAGUAUUCCGCGCGAAACUCUGAAACUGCAGCUUCUGUCCCUGUCGCCAAAUAAACAAGCUGCGGUGGCGGUUACACAGCAGCUCCACCUGGCGCCUGCUUCAUCACCGGAAAGCCAGGUGGCCACGACCGCACCAAGCAAUAGAGCUGUCCAGCUUCAAGAUUCUUUCAAUAAGCUGGUUGCAGAGGAUGUAUACAACGCGAACGCGGUCAUCAAAGAUCUGAAAAACAACUGUGAGUCCUUACUGCGCAGUGAGAUCUUCAGUGAGCAUCAGGACCUUCGGUUGUGCCUUACAACGUCCUUUGAGUGCCAGCCUCCGGCAAAAUCAGAACCAGAAGCCAGCACCACCAUUCAGGAUCGGAUAACCGUGGACUCCUGUUUGAAACCAAAAAACUUUUUUACCCGCAACCUCGGAGCCAGAGAUGUUAUGAUGAGGAUGCUUGGGUCUUACAAGUGUCGGCCUGAGAGAGGCGUCAUAGUCUUCACCUUCCAGACAUGUCUGUAUUUACCAUAAAAAUAUGCAAAGAAGUACUAAGAAUGAAAAUCAGAAAAGCGCAAUAAAUUUGAAUUCAGCACCACAGUGCGUGCGUCUAAAAGAAUGCAAAAAACAACCAGCAGCAGCAGAAAAGAGCAAUGUUUAAUAUUAGGCAAUGGCCUCACUCUCAGGCUGUGGCCGUUCCCUACUAGCAUGCCAAAAGCGCCCGGUCUCUACGAUGAAAUGGACUGCACGCCAAAAUUGGUCAUCUGUAAUCCAUUAUCAUCGUCGUGGGAGCAACUAAAACGCUGAUGAUGAGCCCGAGGGCUGCUAAAUUGCGAUAGAUUGCUUGGCGCUGUUGAGCUCAUCGCGCCAAAUAAAUAAUACAAACUUCACCGUAGUUGUGGAGUCACUGCUCUUCUCUAGCGUAGACGCACAUUGAAAAUUCGUCGAAGCGUUCCCUGCCUGCUUCUUUUUCAGUCUGUAAGUACUAGAUGUACAGAACGUGUGGCGAGGUUUUAGCUCAUGCAAAAUUUGGCAGAGCUCCUUUAGUGAGUCCUCCCGAAACCGAACAGGAACAACAUCAAGUUCACACUACUUACAACUCAAUCCGCAACCGCAUCAGCUGCCGAUUCAAAUGUGGGCUUUUGCUUUUCACGGAUUGUUCUGGAUUGCAAUACAAUGGCGGAUUUCUUUGCCACUAUUUAUUUUUUGAUAGAAGCGACAAGUACAAGCCAUCGACAUCGUUUUUGCAUUCGCUAGGAGGCGUAAGCAGCAUAUUAGUCACACUAUCCUGACUCUCUCAGCCGCCUCUUUGUUUCCUGGCUUUUUCAGUCCAUGAGCAAGACGAAAUUGAACGCAGGGUAUCUGUUCCUGAAGCUCACGCAGAGUUACGGUAACGACGACCGGGUCAACAAACCAUUGUCGGAACUCGUGAUGAUACCUGGAACAGCAUUGCAGCCUCUCAUCAACAGUGGAGAACCAGAGACAGACAGUCUGGUAGGAGAGACAUCGCAGCUUCGCAAUCGGCUUUCGACUGCAAGCAGAAAUGAACCCGGCAAUGCACCUGAUCAAGAUCUAGUACAGAAGCUGCUUCAGAACGACAUUACCGUAAUGCAAGGCAUGCCCCUAAUCACCAGCUUGAGGAGCUCGCUGAUCCACGACAGGAAUACCGAAACAGAGAAUUUACGACACCGACUCCGGAUGGCUAUCCUCAGCAUUGACGAAACAGUAUUUACAACUCCGGGUUUGGAGCCGGUGUCAAGACAGCCAAAUGGGUAUGAUGUUGUACUGCGGCGGACUGAGCAAGUAGUCUGCAAAACGAUGACGGGUCUGCUCGAAGAUUGGCAAAGCUACCGUGAGCAUUGUGACGCACUCGGUGCGAAAUGGGCUAAGCAAGUGACCGCGCUGGAAGUUCGCAUCAAAGAUAUUAACGCUGUGCUCAGUGACCUCUCAGAGGAAAAGGAAAUCAAAGUGCAGCGCGGAGGUGUAAGUGAAGUUCAGGCACAUCAAGUUCAAGACACAGCUUACGCGGCAGACUUUCGGCUUCUAAAAAGUAAACCCGUCUUUUCCCUCGACGACAAACCCGGUUUUGACGCCGACGAGGACGUUGUGCCACACAAACUACACACCCUGUGGAGCCAAAGAGUUUAUCAAAGCCUUGAACGUUUCCCAGGGCUGCCAGAUGAUGUUGAUGCUGUUCGUCAACAGCAGCCCCCACUGCAUCGGCUGGCUGCGGUUCCUGGGGAAGCACGCAAGGUGGUUGGUCGUUUUUUGCGAGACGUCUUCGACUGGAAGGGACACCUGGAGCACGAAAUUGAGCGUCACAAGACACAAGACAUCAACGCAGAGGACAAGACGCAGCAAGCACACCUCCUGGGCCAAAUCUGUGGUCCUGAUUCCGCAAGUGGCGAGAAAACGGAACAAAGCGAAAGCGCCGAAGCUCUGAUUCAAAAACUGCCAAUCAUCUCCCACCUGCGGAACCACUUGUUCGAGGACAGGGGACUUGGCGUGGCAGAGGAACUACGGGGCGUCUUACUACCGCAAAUAUCUUUCAUCGACAGCGCAAUUCUUGAUGCCCCGGGCUUCCUUCGCUAUAAGCUUGGAGACUUUCACAGAGCGGUGGAUCGAGUUCUAGAUAGCUGGUCUUUAGCGAGUCGACUAAAUGCGCGCUGGAAUGCAAUUCAACAAUCGCGGCUUGCUCGUGAAGCAGAUGGAGAACAUGGUCGCGUAGUAGAAACAAUCGCUUUUGAUAAGCAAUACAAAGAAAGACUACCGCGACGAAAGGACCUAGACGUAUGGCUGGGCCAAAGGACCUUCAGCGUUCGAUUGCUGAGCGAGCACUUGUGGGAGCAGGGAGCUCCCGGAACGAAGAAUGAGUACUUGCGAAGUUUCUUGAUGGACGAAAAUCAGUGCCACGCUUUUGUCUCAGACAACAACCCCGGCGCAGAUAAGAGGUGGCUGGUCACGCUCUUCAAGACGCACCCACUUUUGGGUCUGUGUCUCAUCAGAAGAUGUGGACUCCUGCAGUCGCUGCCGGAAGAGGAACAAAACAGCAACAAAUUUGCUCCCUUGUACCGACGCGCACAAGACGGUCCAGCGUUUCUAUCAACUGCCACGAAUGAUGUCAGGGUCGGGGAAGAGGCGUGGACCCUCGUGUCGCUUCUUCUUUUGAUAGCGGGACGUGCUGUACAUACUAAACUGCUCACUGUGAAGGCAAAAGGCAGCGCGCCGAAAGCUUUUUUUGCUACUUAUUUUCUUCUUGUGCAUGGCGUGUCGGUGUCCGGACCUGGGUGUGUGGGGGCGCCCUGAACCCCACGUAUUGGCGGCGCACCAGACAGCCCUGAAGCUGUCCAUCUGCUCAGCAGAUUUAUUAUCAAUAGGCGACAAAGGUGUCCCGAGACUAUGGCUAUGGGCCGCUCUGUGGGGAGCUCCUUUCUAUUUUUUGUAGUGGCAUCGCCCUAUCGCCAGCGCAGGGUGGAAGAUAGCCUCUGUGCGGAUUCGUGAUGCCGGGUUUCGAGCUUAUUUCCGGCGUGCGGCGACCCCGGCCCAACACCUCGUUUACAUAAGUAAGUACAUGGAAAGACGUGGUGCGCCGCAGGGGUUCUCGCACGCACCCAGCCGCCCGCGCCCCCAGUUCGGAUUACCGGGCCCGCCGGGCACUUCUCAGUGAAAGCCAGGCAGGGCGGGCGAUUGCGGCCAAGUGCGUGUGAUUAAAGUUUUUGGCGAAUUUCCCGCGCAUGUUGAGCAAGCGGCAAAAGAAAGUUCUCUGCUGCACUAUUAGGCUUGAAGAGUGUAUGCAUUUGCGCCGUGGUGUAGCAGCACGGCGGAAAUUGAGACGUUCUCGUAUGUUCCAUUUAGAGUUUCCCAAUUUCUCUUCAAGCCUCUUCGCUUCAGGCCUAUUCUCGUGUGCAGCUCCAUUUGCAUUUCCAGCGCGCGCUGGGACGCACGCGUUAGGGUGGUGAGCGUCACGCCCUUGAUUGGGUAUUUCGUGAGCAUACCGGGACAGAGCUGAGACAAACUGCAGCCAGUUUCGUUUUUUCGCUCAUGCAGUCAACGGCCCGUUUUUUCGCUCAUGCAGCCAUGUUGUUGCCGAUCCCGAGCCAUAGGGAGAUGGUAGUCUGCCGCCUCCCCCGUUGAAAAAAACAGAAAGGCCUUGAAUUCAAGCUGUCCCUGGCAUUGAUGUGGUUGCAGUGCAUAUGGUUAUCUCCCCCGAGCGGAGUGCUUUGCGCCGUCGAUGUUUUUCGGUUCUUCUUUCGAUGACACCGCAGAGCGGGAGCGCGGGACAGGAGUGGAAGAGGGACGGCGGAAUACGCCAAUCACGGAAGCGGACACGGAAGCGGACACGGAAGCGGAUACGGAAGCGGAUACGGAAGCGGACACGGAAGCGGACACGCGCGCACUUUUUCUGUUUUUGAAGACUGCGGCCCCCCUUCCGGAGAGAUUGCUUGACGGCCUCCCCGACUGGCAUGCCCCGGCGAAAAGCGAAGAAGAAGCCGCGCAAAAAACACCUCGUGGCCCCCAGACCCGGUCGCUCAUGAGCGUUACGCUCAGUAGCGACAUGUUCGCCGAGUAUUGGGAAAAGGCAAAAAGUUAUGCUGUCGGCGAGCGGAGGCGGAUUCUCGAAGUGGCUCAUCAAAACCGAGGCCAUGUCUUUUCCUAUGCACCGAGCAACACUGAAGAAGCGCUCUUGUUAGAGCUCGACGACUUUCGCAAACACCUGGCAGCGGCAGACUUCGACGAGCUUCGCAAGGCCAGAAUCGCAGUCGGAAAUGCAGAUGAAGCCGGAAGACUUUGGCUCGGCCACGCGAGGCUAACCGCGACGGCCUGGAGCCUAUUCCCGCUCGUAGACGAACAUCCGGAAGUCACAUCCUGCUUGGUGAAGCACAGUCUCGGCACCCCGGAAUGUUUCGGCCGCGAGCGCUUCUUUACGAAGAAAUUUCAGAUAGCAAGACGCCAAAACAUCAAGCUGGACGGGGCUGCAACAAAGCCGCCGGGUGUCUCAGGCACCCGAUAUUUACUUGAGCCUGCACGAGUUGGGGUUACAGAUCAGUUUUGUGAUAACCCUGCAGGUCAGCUUUUUUAUAACCUUGCGCAGAGGCCCCAGUAUGCGGCCAUUCCUCCCCCACCUCAACAGACACGGAGAGAGGCAGUUAAGGAGGUAACCUGGGCACAGUUAGCUGCUUAUGCUUUUGUCGGAACCACUUCGGGGUUGAAUCAGGCGCAGACCCAGACGGAGACGGACGCCCUAUUAAUAUUGGACUCUUCGAAAAAGCUUGCGCAGCUUUUUUUGGACUCGGAGAGCUGCCAGGCUUUACUUGAUCACCCACUUUUGAAAGUGCAGCCACUGCUUCGCGAAUGCCUUCGCGCCGAAGUCUGCCCCCAGGCAGCAGACGGCGAAGCAGUCACCGUGGCCACAGUUCAUCCGCCUGCACUAAGUGGCUACUCCACGCCCUGCCUUUCUUCCGCAGCGAACUUCGUUGUCCCUAUGGGAAGCCCGGCGAGUGCCGACGCAUCAAUAAGUGCAAGACAAACUGACCAGAAAUCCUUGAACCUUGCGGGAGUUCCAUACUACCAUCUGACUGAGUCACUUUUUGGUGUAAUUUAUUACAAAAUCACUGGUGGGUCAGCACUGCUGGAGCUUGAAGAUCAAGCGGUGCGCAGGCGAGCACAUUAUCACACGCAAGUGCGUCGGCUCGGGGUCUGGGUCGCGGCUCAGGUUUAUGAUAUUGCCUAUCUGUUGCUGGAGCAUAUAUUGCUCUGUAAUGCGAGAGCGCCUCUUCCUUAUCCUUAAGAAAUUGCAUUGCUUCUGCCACGAGAUAGGGGUACUUAGUUCUUGAGGCAUCUGUGAUAUUCGACGGGCCGGCGUUUCGGUUUCGUCCUUGCCUCCUCCAUUCGUGUGCCGACUGGCAUUGGCACAGACACCACGGCUGGACGUGUUGAAACAAGCGAAGGAGGGAGUGGCGUUGCGCCAGCUUACUUACUUUCAUCUCUUGGUCUUGUUGUAUGUGCUUGUUUCGUCUAGUAGCCCGCAAGAUUUGCGGAUGUGUGCCUGCCCUUUCCGGCUCAUCUUGGCGGCGAGGACGUAGCCCAAACAGCUCUGCGAGAGCCCUCUAUCGUUAUUGGCAAAUGCCUCGUAUGUUUUCUGCCAUUCUCGGCACUGCAGCAAGGUCAGACCUAAAGAGCCUGCCCAGAUUUUGGUCGUGUUUCAGUGUAUAUUCGGCAGCCGGAUCCGGUCAGCAAACAAAAGCGGAGCGAGGAGGACAAACAAUCUGAAUUUGCAAUCGCACGCGAGCUCGUUCAUUUUUGUGCGUGGGACCCGGCGCCAUCGGGAGAAGCGGGCGCGCGGGCCCUUGCUGCAGCAAGGGAGGAGAUAUCGAAAAUUGCCGAGUUUCGAAAUCUGUUAUUGGACAGCGCGCCAGAUAUAAGCGAGGUCUCGAGGUUGCGCGUUGUCAAAUUUUUGGAAGAAUCAAGCCCGGAGUUCGCCUGUGCCCUUGCACAGAAUCGGAACUCCCCACUUUUGAAAGCACACGCUGCCCUGAGAAAGUGCCUCAAGCGUGUCGCCUGCGGUGAGCUGCAGCGGACUCCUAAAGAUGUGGAUCAACAGGGCAAGCACUUCCACUCAGUCUCGUCCAACGUGAUGGACGAGUGCUUUUCCCUUCCACAGCUGUAUUUUGAUGCGGAUCUCCACGGCGCCCUAAAUGUUAAUGUCGGCACCAACAAAGGGGAAGGCUCGCGGUCAUCAGCAGAACAAGAGCGCAACUACUCCGGGUACCUGUACUUGAAAAUCGCGGAUGGCUUGGAAAUUCAGCGAGAAGAUGCCAAAAGCGAGAGGGCCACGCGGCUCAAAGCGACUAUGAGCCUCCUCGUCAUGGGGACACAGCCCACCAGCGACGCAGAGUGGCAGCGCGAGGCGGAGGCAGAAAACCGUAUCGCAAGGAUUGAGCAUAUGAGGACAAGCGUUGAUCCGGUAUGGAAACAAAUUGAAGCGCUUGCGCGCACAAAGGCAAAACGCUCCGGGCUCCCACUUUUCAGACAUCUCUGGUUGGAAUCCUUGGAUAACGCCGACACUGUACUAGCAAGUCUCCUACGAGAACACCCUGAUGUGACCCGCUGCUUGGAAGCAUCAAAAGCCGACCAGACUGGUAAUGGAGAUGAAGGAGUCAGGCAGUGCCUCACGCCCGAUAAGUUCUUUACUCGCAAGUUCGAACAACCGUUGAAGUACCUCAGCGCGCAAGGCACGGAGUUGAACCUCGAGCUCUACUCAGGUGCCGUGUUUUCUGCUUUUGCGGACAUCGAUGCGCCCCGACAAGCGUUCAAGACGCGACGCGAAGCUCUUCGGGAGGCUUCCAACGCACAGCUGCUAUCUCUUGUUAGAGUGAAUUCGGAUCUGAAAGCAAUCCUAGACUCUUCGGAGAAACUGGUGUCGCUUUUUCAGGACCCGGAGAGCUGCGGAUUUUUGCUUGAUCAUGAUUGGCUUGUGAAAGACCAGCCCCGGCUUCGCAAAUGCCUUGCCGCCGAAGGCUGCCCCCAGGCAACAGAUGGCGGCCAAGUAGCCGCAGGAGCCGCAGAGUCGACGUCUGCACUGAAUGGCGGCACAGAACUGCGAGAAGGACGCGGCCGCCAUUCCCAGUCCUGCCUAUCUUCCGCUGCGAACUUCGAUUUCCCGAAGAGUGAAGACGAUGUGGGGGGCGCAAAGUCUGGCCCUCGUGCAGACCUUGGGUCCUUUUUCUACAAAAUUACCCAUGGGCCGCAGAUCAUAGAUGCACGGGCGUCUAUCAGUGCAGCGUAUCAAACGCGAGCGCCAGGGAUUGGACCUGUGUUCGAUGGCCUUCUCUUGGAGGCGUGUCAUGCCAUUGCUUUAUGCCGUUCCACGCUAUAGACUGCCGGCUCUGGUGAUAAGUGCCAAAUUAAUAGAAACACCAUGCACCCGCCAGGCAUGCAAGAAGUGUGCCCCGUGACGCCUCCUACCUACGUCGCACGCGCGUCACUUCCGCGUCAGAAGUGCCGCGCGCUUUGCACUUCCCAGAGAGGGCCGGGUUGGUUGUUGGGGUUUGCCAUUUUGGGCGAUGGAGUACAUCACCCAAAAUAAUGCGCAACGGCCCUGCUCACUUCAAGUGAGCUGGCCCUUGGUGGUCAUGUCUGGCACGGCACCCGGCUCCGGCCAGAAAGGGUCAGUUGCUCGUCGUGGUAGCGGAUGGGGUGGCGGAGGUCAAAAUCGCUGCGGCAGAAGCCUAGACGGCCCCAGCCCGCCUGCGCCAGCGCCCAGUGAUCAAAGUCGUUUGCCAAACCGGCCUCCACCUCUAGGGCCCGCCUUUUUUGCCAAAAAACCACGCUGCAUCCUUUUAGCGCAAUGGCAAUUGGCUGUGGCGAAAUAACGGCCUGGUGGAAGUUUAUAUGUUGUCAUACAUAUGUGAUAUCUGCACCUGCUGAAUGCGCUCUGCUACGCCGUGGAACAACGUCAAAGCAAGUGGCCGUGGGGUAUCGAGAUGCGGGAUAUGUUGGGGCCCAAGCAUGUUCGCGAUACUUUAUUUUUGGUGGUGAACUCUUGAUAGGCUGUACAGCAUUUCUUUUUUUGGUCGGAGAUUAGGUCUAGUGCCAUGGAUGAGGAGGUAAUGGCGCUUGAUCUUGAAUGCCAGCGGCAAGAGGCGACGCCAACGGCAAACUCCCCCCUGGUGGCCGGGCGCUGCUAAAGCGGGCGGCGAAACGUCACUGGGGGUGUAGGAGUGGUUUUACCACUACUACAGAAUAAUUUACCACUGAGAAUUACAAUACAGUAUGUGAGAGGCUUUACCGCUCACCUUGAGAAGCGCGCGCGUCAUUCUUUUUUUGGUCGGGACACAGGUCCUAAAUCAUUUGCAACGUAUACUCGGCAGAGCACAUCAUCGCUGGACGGUGCGCACGGGCAGCUUAAAGCGAUCGAGCAAGACCUUGAGAACCAGUGCGUCUUGUUCCCCGCGAAUAAUCCUGUUUGUAGUGAUCCCGGGCAUGAUCAACAUCUAGUUAAUGUUCACGAAAAGGACCGCGAGCGGCUUCGCCAAACAGAAAGACGAAUAUGGUUUGACGCAACGGACAGGGCGAUAAUCGAGAAAAACGACAUCGAAGAGCUUCGCGGUGCACUUCUGGAGCCCAGCGACAAUUCCGAGAAAGUCGUAAGAAUCUUGUUGCAAAAAAACCGAAAAUUCGCCUGUGCGCUCGCACAGGAAAGAAAUGCGCCACUUUUACAUCUACACGACGGCCUUCGGAAAUGCCUGCAGGAAUUUGCCUGCGUCCCAGCAGCGAAGCCCGACAACUCCUGUUCUUUGUCGGACUCCACCAAGGACGCCGCGGGUGGCGCAAAGAUGCUCCGCCGCUAUCCGUGUUUCGCGCUCAUGUGUUUCGCCUCCCCUAAAAAUUUUUUUGGUGGGGAAAAUCAGGCACAGGAGUUCAGGCCUUCAGGCUGGCAAGCAAAUGAAGGGGCGCGAGAAUUCUCCGGAUACGUGUAUUACAAAAUCAUGUUCGGUUGGGAAAAUUUACUUCUGAGCCAGUCCCCGAGCAAGGAAAAACAACGGCGCAUCAUCCCGAGCCAGCUCCUGGCCCCGCCAGAACGCCCUGGCGAAACACGUGUUGACGUAGAUUCCGCGUGGCGUGAGGCUGCAGCACGUGACAAGGAAGAGAGCGAGAACAACCCCGGCCCCCGCGUCGCAAAAAUGCGCGAGAGAGUGCGAGAGCGCACAGAAGAGCUUCGCAAAAUGACGGUCACCGGCACAAGUCUUCGCGAAAAGUAA